CUUUUGUGAAUCUAAAGCACAUCCGGCUUCGAAAAUCUGGCUUGUAGUUGAUUCAAACAUCAUUAUUGCAGGUAGCAGAUUUUUGGACAACAUGGAGUUCCAGGCAGUUGUGAUGGCUGGGGGUAAGGGCUCCAGGAUGACUGAUCUCACUGCAGGGACACCUAAGGGUCUCCUCCCCAUUGCCAAUCUCCCCAUGGUCUAUUAUCCUCUGCACACACUCAAGUCAGCUGGAUUUGAAGAGGUGAUCCUGGUUGUCACAGAGACAUAUAAACAAGACUUCCAAAAGGUGCUAGAGAUGUGUGACCUAAAGCUAAAGCUGGAUAUAGUUCCUAUACCAGAUGAAGAAGAUUGGGGAACAGCAGACUCUCUUAGGCAUAUCAAGGAUAAAAUAAAGACUGAUGUGCUUGUAAUCAGUUGUGAUCUCGUAACAGACUUAGCUCUACAUAAGCUGGCAGACAUUCACAGAACAUAUGACUCCACAGUCACAUGUUUGAUGGCCCCAAGUCCUGACCCUACUGGAGAAUUACCAUCCCCUGGUACUAAAAAGAAAAAAAUAGAAAGGGACUUCAUUGGAACAGAUGAAAAGGGUUACAGGUUGUUGUUCAUGGCAUCAGAAGCCGACUAUGAAGAAAAGGUUUCAUUCAGAAGAUCAGUUUUAAAAAGACAUCCACACAUGCGUAUACAGACACGCCUGAUGGAUGGUCAUUUAUACAUCAUGAAGAAAUGGGUCUUAGAUCUGCUACUUUCAGACAGGUCUAUAUCAACAUUAAAGGGGGAGUUUAUUCCCUACCUUGUGAGAAAGCAGUUCUCCAAGCCAAAGCCUAAAGACACAGACCCAGAGAAUAGUAUGGUGCACACAGAGGCGGAGUCUGGAGGCAUCAAGAAAGAUAUAUAUGACUAUGUGAAGGAAGAUGAUCUGACAUCUUUGGUGCAUGAAAUGUCAACAUGGAAUGAUCACAGGGGAGAUAUGGAUGAUUGUUACCACGGCAACAAGAUACGAUGCUAUACGCACAUUAUGAAUGAAGGAAUCUGUAUCAGAGCAAAUACCCUAGCAACAUUCUGUGAAGUCAACAGAAUGGUUCCAAAACAUAUAUCAACCUGGGGAGUAGAUUCUAGAAAUAUCCACCCAUCAGCCACCCUUGAGUCAAAGUCUCAAGUCAGCCCUGAUAGCAUAGUAGCUGAAGGGGUCAAGGUUGGGGAGAGGUCAGGGGUCAAGAGGUCAAAUAUCGGAAAACAUUGCAGCAUAGGAGAGAAAGUGAAAAUCACAAAUUCAGUAAUUAUGAACCAUGUCACUAUAAGUGAAGGGAGUACCAUUACUGGCUGUGUUAUAUGUGAACAUGGCACCAUUGGGGCUAGGAGUGAACUCAAGGAUUGUUUAGUAGGAGCCUCACAUAACAUAAUAGACAUGAGUAAACACACAAAUGAAGUGCUUGUAGAUAUGGACAGAAUGAUGGAAUUCUAAAAGACAUUAUUAGAGACUUUCAAAUUUUAUCAUACUUGGGGUCUCUCAAAACUUAUGACAACAACAAAAAAAUAGAAUAUGAAUAAAACAUUCAAGAAUGUAAAUUACUUUUAGUGUGUACAUUUUAUUAUUAAAUUGAUGAAAUGUUCCAACUGGAAAAUGUGGAUUUUGCCAGAAACUGUAUAAAGUUUAAAGUGAAACAGUAAAAUUCAAUCAUUUAAACAGAUUAGG